GACUCCAGCACUUGCAAGGUGAGGAUUUAGUCACUGAACCAUCACACUGGGCCCAGGACUGGGCCUUCAAUGUGGGGGUGUAAUAUGGAUGUGGACCAUGCCAAAUAUCUGCUCCUAAGCUGCUGCUUUUAAAUCAAAUCAGCAAAGCUUACAUAGUGCCUGGGUGCUGGCCUCUUUUGAGAGCAACCCAGAGAACCCUUGGAGGGCCAGGACCUCAGGCAGGGCCCCUCCCAGAGUGCUGCCUCGCUUAGGUCUCUCACUACCCUGAUCCUUAGCUCAGUCCCUUGCAGGUGCGACCUCGAUGUGCAAGGCCCCGAGACCCGGCAUGGGUGCCUGGCUUCUGACCUGUGCCUGCGUCUGCAUCUGCUUGGACAUCUCUGUGUGCAAAGCUGGAGGAGGGGGUCCACUGUCAGGUCCUCCCCACCAUGACCCUCGGCUCUGCCCUGACACCCCUGCUGUGGGCUCCCAGCGGUCACUGUCCCUGGGACCAAGGGUCGGGACUUUGACCUGCCUCAACAACAACAUUCUGAGGAUUGACUGCCACUGGGCUGCCCCGGAGCUGGACCAGGGCUCCAGUCCCUGGCUGCUCUUCAGCAGCAACCAGGAGCCUGGCAGCCAGCACAGGUGUGUGUUUCGGGGCAGCGUAUGCACUGUGCUGCUGCCAUCCUAUGAGGUGCUAGUGCCUUCCGACAACUUUACCAUCACUUUGCAUCAGUGUGUGGCUGGGCAGGAGCAGGUCCGCCUGGUGGACCAGCAGUACCUGCCCCGGAAAAAUGUGAAGUUGGACCCGCCCUCCAACCUGCAAAGCAAUAUCAGUGCGGACUCCUGGGUCCUGACUUGGAGUCUGAAUCUCGCUCUGGAGCCCAUGGCGUCGCUUCUCACCUACGAGCUGGCGUUCAAGAGGCGGGAGCAGGCCUGGCAGUUCGCCCAGCACAAGGACCACAUUGUUGGGGUGACCAGAGUUACCAUUGAAGCCAUCGAGCUGGACCCUGGCUCCACCUAUGAGGCCAGGCUGCGUGUGCAGAUGGCCACACUGGAGGGUGAUGAUGAGGAGGAACGCUACGAAGGCCAGUGGAGCGAUUGGAGCCUGCCUGUGUGCUUUCGCUCUCCCCAGAGACGAGGUCUGCCGAUCCCACCCUGGGGGCAGCCAGACAGCGCCCUUGUUGCUGUGUCCAUCUUUGUCCUCCUGAGUGGCCUCAUCUAUCUUCUGUUCAAGCUGUCACCUAGGGUAAAGCGAAGCUUUGCUCAAGAUGUGCCCAGUCCAGCUGUGUUCUUCCGGCCUCUCUACAGUGUGCACAAUGGGAACUUCCAGACCUGGACAGGGGCCCCCAGAACAAGCUGGCAGCUGAGCCAGGACUGUGUCAACACGUUGCAAGGAACCUCAGGCUCCAGUGUCUGGGAGGUCACCACUCUGCUCAUGGACAGCCAGAAACAGCCCUGGCAGUCGGUGGGCCUGCAGAGGGAGGAAGGCUCUGGCAUUGGCCUUCGGGGGGCCCCAAGCUCAGAGGAGGUGCUACCAGCAGAGUGUGUGGGGUGGAGGGCAUGGCCACCUGUAUACCUGCCACAGGAGGACUGGGCCCCUGGACUCCCCACUGGACUGGUGGCCCCAGAGUCAGGGGGAGGAAGUGAGUAUUGUGCUGUGGGCUGCUCUGGCGACUGCUGCCCCACAGUCCUUGCGGGGGACACUCAGAGCUCUGAGCCUGUGGCGGCUGAGGCCUGCAGCCUUUCCUGGGACCCGCAGGGCUUGGAUCCACAACCAGGGCUCCUGUGUGAGAGCCGAUUGGAGUGAGGGUAAGACCCUGGCACAGGGUGGCACCACAGUACCUGAGGCUGCUCUGCCAUCUGCCUGGUUCCAGGAAAUGGGGGUCAGUCCUGGAGUCCCAGCUCUGCCUACUGCAUUGUGGUGACAGAGUCUGCCUUUCGUGACAGAAUCGGGCUCGAGUCUCUGGAGCUAACUCCUGCUGAGGCCUGGGUCUCCUAGCACAGGCACUUGUGCAGGGAUCAGAGGGCUUGUCUGGACCCAGGCAGGAGGCGCUUCCCCAUUCCCCUCUGCCCAGGUCUUGUGGGGAGGGCCUCCACCCUCAGACGCUCGCUCAGGUGCUAUGGGAGGGGGCUUACACCCUCUGACACUCCUCCUCACCGCUCUACUCCAGUCUUGUGGGGGUCUCCCCACUCAGCAUGGACGACCGGCCUCCCUGUACCCUCCCCUCUCUAAGGAGGCAGUGUGGCCCCCUGAGGUGUUGCGCCCCAACCUUUCACUGGACCAGCCUCGGCUCCGUGAACACAGGGAGAUGCCCUGAGCAGGUGGAGCGUCCUCUCUGCCUUUCCUGCCUAGACCACAGUGACACCGAAGCUGUUCCAAACUGCAGCUGGUUGGGAGGGCCCAGCCUGGCGUUCCUGGGUAUCUCUGGGCACACCAGGACAAAGGCCAGUGAGCAGCUGGCCUUCGCAGUAGUCGACACAGUUGGCUCCUGGAAGCUGAGCGCUGAGGUCACACCUCCCAGCUGGUCAAAACAACAGGGGCAAGCACUGAGGGCCCGGCUUCUGCACCUCACCCUCUCCAGGGAUGGUCUGGGCAAAGAGAUACUGAGGGAGAAGAAUGCACCCUCGGCUGCUGGCACCAAGUGACAUAAGCUGACCCACUUGGAGCCUGCCAAGGACUGCCAGCACUGGUCGCCAUAGCCGGCCAGCCCAGAAAGUGCCAAGGGUUGCCGGCACCAGGUGCCACAGCUGGCUGGCUUGAAAUGCACCAAGGAUUGCCGUCAUCAGAGGGUGCAGCUGACUAGCUCAGAGCCAGAGAUUGUUGUCUUCCAGCUUUGCAGCAGCCAAGUCUGGAAGAGAGGUGUCAGCAGCGCCUGGCUCUCUCUGAGGGCACUGGGCAAGGCUCGGUCCUGGGGUCAGCAGCCUCUGUGGUUUCUGGGCUGUGACAGCAGACACAAACUUCCCCAUUUCUUCCUCGUUCCUUCCUUCCCCAGGGACACAACAUGGGUGACACAGCAUGUGUAACAGCAGGCUGAGCCUGGGCCUCAUGAGUUCGUCUUAAGCUGAUAGAUCUCUGCAUCUGAGGGGGAGGUCACACUCAUAGGUACAGGUGUGAGGUCUUCUGCAUAGAAAUUUAGGGCUUGGGCCUGGCACAGUAGCCUAGUGGCUUCAGUCCUCACCUUGCAUG